AUGGAGGAAACAAAUAAGAGCUUGCUUGAUGAUUCUUUUACAAGCGCAAUGACACUUACCGAUUCAGGUGUGCCUCAGGUACCUGACCGUUACGUUCUUCCGCCGUCGCAAAGGCCAGCUCUUGGUUCAAGCACAAGCACCAGAGAGACAACACUUCCUGUUAUUGAUCUCUCUCUUUUACACCAACCUUUACUUCGAUCCCGCGCAAUCCACGAGAUCAACAUGGCCUGCAAGGAAUUUGGUUUUUUUCAGGUUACAAACCAUGGGAUACCAUCAUCGGUGGUUAAAGAUGCCUUAGAUGCAGCAACACAGUUCUUUGAUUUACCUGUGGAUGAGAAGAUGCUUCUGGUGUCUGCAAAUGUUCAUAAACCAGUAAGAUAUGGCACAAGCAUGAACCAUUCAACAGACAGAGUUCACUACUGGAGAGACUUCAUUAAACAUUACUCUCAUCCUCUACCAAAAUGGAUCAAUAUGUGGCCAUCAAAUCCUCCAUGCUACAAGGAUAAAGUGGGCAAGUAUGCAGUGGCAACGCAUGUGCUACAUAAGCAACUAAUAGAAGCUAUCUCAGAAAGCCUAGGACUGGAGAAAAACUACUUACAAGAAGAGACAGAAGAAGGCUCACAAGUCAUGGCAGUGAACUGUUAUCCAGCGUGUCCUGAACCUGAGCUUGCCUUGGGAAUGCCACCACACUCAGACUUCGGCUCACUGACCAUCUUACUUCAGAGCAGCCAGGGACUCCAGAUAAUGGAUCGCAGCAAGAACUGGGUUUGUGUGCCGUAUAUCGAAGGAGCUCUGAUAGUCCAGCUAGGAGAUCAGGUCGAAGUGAUGAGCAACGGCAUUUACAAGAGCGUGAUUCACCGCGUGACGGUGAACAAAGAUGUCAAGAGGCUGUCUUUCGCGAGCCUUCACAGUCUUCCUCUGCACAAGAAAGUAAGUCCAGCACCUGAGCUCCUCGGCGGAAACAAUGCACCUGCCUACGGGGAAUUCAGUUUCAACGAUUUUCUUGAUUACAUAUCGAGCAACGAUUUUCUACAGCAAAGAUUCAUUGAUACACUUAAGAAGACACGUUCCUGA